UGAAAGCUACUCUACUCUACUGUCCUCCAAUAUUUACUCUCUCCGUAUUUAUCUGACCGCUUUCACAUGACUACCCUGCAACCAAGCAUACUGACAAACACACUGUACUACUCUGAAUUUUCAUUUCAUUAUUCAAAUUUCAAUAAAUUUUCUUCUGUCACACCCUUCACUAUUGCAUUCCCCAUCCAAAAUAAUAUUCACACUUUUCUCUUUCUUUCUCCUUUUUCUUCUCACAUUUCACUGUAUUUUCUUCUCUUUACUAUACUAUACUGGCUCUCCCAACGAUGGAAGCUUUUAGCUUGCUCAAAUACUGGCGAGGUGGUGGUGCUGUUGUUGGUCUCUCUCCUUCUUCUGACUCCACAACCACCACCAACGUUAACACCACUACUAUCCUCACCACCGCUGAAAGCAGCGACGACAAUGAUGAUGAAGGUCCUUUCUUUGACUUGGAGUUUACUGCACCUGAAGAAGAAGAAGAUGGUUUUGAAGAAACCAACCAUAAAAACCAACAACAAGAAGAAGAAAAAGAUGAAGAUGAUGAUGAAGAUUCUGAUGAUGAUGAUGAUGAUGAUAGUGGUGAGACUGAGAGUGAGUUUAAGAUAACACUUUCUCCUUCAAACAAUGAAAGAAGUGAUGCAAAUCUUUCACUGUCACCUUCAGAGGAUUUAUUCUUUAAAGGAAAGCUUGUUCAGCUGAAAUCUUCUUCCUUCAUUCUCAACAACAACAACAACAACAGCAGCAGUUCAGAACCAAACAACAAACCACAAUUUACUGCUUCAUUGUUAAAAUCAGCAACCAAGUUUCGUGUCUUCAUGUCUGGUCUCAAGAAACCAAAAACCGAUUCUGUUCUUGAAAAGAAGCAACACAAACCAGAGAGAAUAAAAUUCAAAGUUGAAGAAGUUCCUAUUGUUUCACUUUUCACCAGAGACAACAGUUCCAAAAACAGCAACAAAUCUCAAACAAACCAGAACCAGAAAGUUGAACAUGAAUCAUCAUUAUCACCUUUGGAAGAGAAACGUUUCUCAAAGGAAAUAGUUAUGCACAAGUAUUUGAAAAUGGUGAAACCUCUUUACAUAAGGGUUUCUCGUAGGUACAGCCAUGGUGAUAAAUCAAGCCCUAGUGAAAAGGUUGAAGCAGAAACAGCGACGGAAGGUGAAACCGUAGCUGAAAAUGAAGAAAACAAUGCUAAGACUCAGAGUCAGAAACAGGGGAAUAAUAUUCCGGCAGGGCUUAGAGUUGUUUACAAACAUUUAGGGAAGAGCCGUUCUGCGUCGUCGGCAGUGGCGGCUUCUCCGCCGGUGUUAGUGUCGUCGAAACGCCGUGAUGAUUCGCUUUUGCAGCAGCAAGAUGGAAUUCAAGGAGCCAUUUUACACUGCAAGAGAUCCUUCAAUGCCUCUAGAGAGUGUGAAACUUCUUCUCAACUACCACGUUCUGUGAGUGAUCCAUUGCGGGAAAUUUCACCAGAAUUGUCAAGGAAAUCUAGUGACAAGAGACUUUCAGGUUGAAGAAUGAAGAGAAUUGAAAAAUGAUUUUAUUUUAGAUUUAGAUUUUGCACUUUGCAAAGUGGAGAGAAAUAGUCAAAGUAGACAGUAAUGGAUGGGGGCAUGUAUGUAGCAUGAGUAGAACUGUUAAGAUGAAGGAAAAGCUCUUUCUUUUGUUGAAUGCCUCUUUUCUUUGUUUACCUUGGUAGUGUAAAACUGUAAAGCUCUUCUUUCCAAUAAAGUGAAGGAAGAAUCAGAUCUUUUUCUGUGUAUGUAAAAUGUAUUGUACUAAUUUAAUUUAAUUUAAUUUAAUUCAAUGUAAUGUAACACUUAUUAUCUA